AGGCAGAAGGCCGCCCAUCCCAUCAGCAAGCUAGAGAUGGCUUUUGGUCAAUGGAAAUUCAGACUGGUGAAUGGGAGUACGUGUGUGGUCUCUACUGAACACAUUUCAAAACAAAUAUCAACCGCAACAAAAACAGUUUCCUUACAAUCAUUUCUUUCUCUUUGUUCCUUUCAUUUUCCACUAAUAAAUUUUAGCAAUUAACCAUUUUAGAGGAAGAGUGAUAAAAAGAAAUGGAGUGCUAUUGUUAUUCUACCAGACUAUCAUCACCACACCCUUCUUUUAUGCUUAACCUUCAGGGUUCUUCUUUACCUGUUUGUAGCAAAUUGUCCAAAAAUUCUAAUCGUCUCCGGCUGCUGUCCUCUCCUUUUCUUCAAAUUAAUGACAGAUUGCAUUAUCGACAAAGAUCAGAUUUUUUAACUUCAAAAACAUAUAGAGGAACCAUAUUAGCAGAAGCUGGGAAGCAAGGUUGGGACUUUGGCAGAUUUUUAAAAACAUUAUAUUUCUUCAAUGGGCCUCCAUCUCCUGCUAAGUUCUUUGAGUUUCUAGUCGACAAACUAUCCAGUCCAUCACCUAGUGAGCCAAAAACGGCAAUGGAUAGUUCGGGCAUUGUCCUUGUGGUUGGAGCAACAGGUGGUGUUGGCAAAAGGGUUGUAGAUGUCUUACGAGAGAAAGGAUUGCCGGUCCGAGUAUUGGUCAGAAAUGCAGAGAAGGCAAGGAAGCUAUUGGGCUCAAAUAUUGACUUGAUAGUUGGAGAUAUCACUAAAGAAAGCACAUUGGUCCCUGAGUACUUCAAAGGGGUGAGGAAAGUUAUCAAUGCUGCUUCUGUCAUUGUUGGUCCCAAGGAAGGUGAUACUCCAGAAAGGGCGAAAUAUAGCCAAGGAAUCAAGUUCUUUGAACCAGAGAUUAAAGGCGAUUCACCUGAAAUGGUGGAGUACAUUGGGAUGAAGAAUUUGAUUAAUGCUGUAAAAGAAAAUGUUGGACUUCGAAAUGGGAAACUGAUAUUUGGAUGUGAAGACAAUAGUUUUAAAGAUCUCCCUUGGGGUGCUUUGGAUGAUGUCGUUAUGGGAGGUGUUAGUGAAAGCGCUUUCCAAAUUGACACAACUGGUGGGGAAAAUGGUGGACCAACUGGAAUUUUUAAAGGUGUUCUUUCCACUGCAAAUAAUGGUGGCUUCACUAGUAUCAGAACCAGGAAUUUUUCAGUACCCGAGGAUCUUUCUGCAUAUGAUGGUUUGGAACUGCGCCUUAAAGGAGACGGCCGUAGGUAUAAACUUAUCGUUCGUACCAGCCGUGAUUGGGACACGGUUGGUUAUACAGCUAGCUUCGAUACUGUUGAAGGGCAAUGGCAAUCAAUACGCCUGCCAUUUUCUUCAUUGAGGCCAAUAUUUCGAGCUAGGACCAUGCCAGAUGCUCCUCCAUUUGAUCCCAGCAAUAUUAUAUCAUUGCAGCUCAUGUUCAGCAAGUUUGAGUAUGAUGGUAAACUGAAUCCAACUUUUGCGGAGGGCCCAUUUCAGCUUCCAGUAUCGAGCAUAAAGGCCUUCAUAAAAGAUCCUAUAACUCCCAGGUUUGUACACGUGAGCUCUGCAGGAGUAACCAGGCCAGAUAGGCCUGGUCUUGAUCUGAGUAAACAACCUCCUGCUGUACGCUUGAACAAGGAAUUGGGUUUUAUCCUCACAUUCAAGUUGAAGGGGGAAGACUUAAUACGUGAAAGUGGUAUGCCAUAUGCAAUUGUAAGGCCUUGUGCUUUAACUGAGGAGCCUGCUGGAGCAGAUCUCAUUUUCGACCAGGGAGACAAUAUAACGGGUAAAGUAUCAAGGGAAGAGAUUGCUCGGAUAUGCGUUGCUGCUCUGGAAAGCCCAUAUGCAUGUGACAAGACAUUUGAGGUUAAAAGUGUGAUUCCAUUUAGUGAACCAUUCACUGUGGACCCACAAAACCCACCUCCGGAGAAGGAUUACAACGAAUAUUUUAAAACAUUGAAGGAUGGAAUUACGGGAAAAGAAUAUCUAGAACGUAGUCCUGUUCCACUCUAAUUCCCCAGGUAGCAGGUGUGGACUCAUUAUUUCUUCUAUCUUGACCCCUACAACUACAAAUUAAUGAAGCAGGGGCUUGUAGAGAAACGCCCCUAUCAAGAAAGAGAUGCCAGCGGAGGAAGAUGAAGCUAUCAACGAUUGAUGUUGGAGCAAUGUGCAGAGAAGAUGUGUAAAAAUACUCCCCGCAUAAAGACUAAUGUAUAUAAACUCAGUUUUCUUUAAGCUGUAUAUAAGCUGUAUACCAUUUCAUCUCAGAAUUUGAUACUUCGAACAUUCGAAAUUUCACCCCUCUAUGAAUUAUAUUGAUCGGUGUGCACGAUAGAUUGAAAUAGAGAAUAGAACUUUUGCAUAUUCAAAUA